AUGCCGCCCAAGAAAGCAAGCGUCUCCACAGGUGGCGAAGGCACGCUCACUCCUCGUAACAUUGCCGUCCUCUGCGCUGGACUUCGCAAGCUGGAAGGUAUCAAGGUCAACUGGGGUGAGGUUGGCAAAGAACCAGAGGUCAACAUCGGUCUAGCUCGCAAUGCUCAGACAGCCUUCCGCGACGCUCUCAAAAAGAUGGGCCACGACAUGAAGGGCGGCAUGGGCGGUGCUCGGAUCUUCCGUAUCAGUGAUGAGGAAGAGGCCCCGGCUGCCACUCCAAAGCAGGCUGUCAAAAGCGGCAAAGCUACUGAGAGUGGUGAAAGCGAGAAUAGCAAGUCUGUGAACAGCAACGGAGGUGAGGACGAGGCCGAGGACAAGGACGACAGCGACUCCAAGACCCCGACCAAGAAGCGCAAGAUGGAUGCUGAUGAGGCGACUUCAGUAUUGGCGAGAAGAAGCCCAAGAUUGAGGACGAUGCAUGAGCACCAAAGACAGGAUUGGAUUUCCAAUGGUAGCUCGAGCUUUCUCAGUGAAGACGAACAAGGCAUGAGUCAUCGAGCAGAGACAUGGAUAGUCAGUCAACGAGAAGAAGUGAAUGAGAACCUGACUCCCAAGUCAAUGUUCGCACUAUAA